AUGGAUUCCGCAUGUCUGGUCUAUGCUUUCUCUAAUGAAUUGUCUGGUCCCAUUCCUGUUGAAAUUGGAAAGAUGAAGUCACUUCAGAGUUUAAGCUUCCACAAAAACAAUCUUUCUGGUCCAAUUCCCCAAACAAUAGGUGACUUAACUGAGCUCCAACUCUUGCACCUUUACAAUAACCAACUCUCUGGUUCCAUUCCUAGUAAGUUGGGGAAUUUGAAAAACCUCACUGAUCUGCAAUUAUCUGGUAAUGAACUUACUGGGUCAAUUCCAGCUUCCUUGGGCAAUUUGAGAAACUUGCAAACUCUGUUUCUCCGGGACAAUAAACUUUCGGGUUCCAUUCCACCAGAACUUGCCUAUUUGGAUAACUUGGUUGUGCUGGAAAUGGAUGAAAACCAAUUUUCAGGCCAUUUGCCUGAGAAUCUUUGCCAAGGUGGAAAACUUGAGAACUUCACGGUGAAUAGUAACAAGCUGUCGGGGCCAAUUCCAAGAAGCUUGAGCAAGUGCUCGAGUUUCAAAAGGGUUCGCUUUGAUAACAACAGUUUCACUGGGAAUUUAACUGAAUCUUUUGGUAUCUAUCCAGAGCUUCAGUUCAUUAAUUUGAGCGACAAUGAUUUUCAUGGUGAACUCAGCAGCAACUGGGAAAAAUGCAAGCAUUUGACUGAUCUGCGGAUAGCCAGAAAUAACAUUAGUGGCAGCAUACCGCCAGAGAUUGGAAACCUCAGAGGGCUACUAGGACUUGAUCUUUCAUCAAAUCAUUUGGUUGGGCAGAUUUUUGGGUCACUAAUAAAGUUAGAAACCCUUGAUUUUUCAGGCAAUGGAUUUAAUGGGUCAAUCCCGAUGUUUAUAGGAGAUUACAUGAAGCUGAUUCACUUGAACCUGAGCAGCAACAGAUUUGGCCAGAAAAUUCCGACGGAGAUAGGAAGGAUAACUCAUCUUACUGUGCUUGAUUUGAGCCAUAAUCUUCUUGUUGGAGAAAUACCCCCUCAAUUGGCCCAUUUGCAGGACUUGGAAAUCAUCAAUCUUUCCCACAAUGACCUCUCUGGCUGCAUUCCUAAAGAAUUUAUAAGUUUGAGUGGUUUGCAGGAUGUCAUAUUGUCAUACAAUGAGUUGGAAGGUCCAAUACCAAAUAAUAAAGCUUUUAUGAAUGCCUCAUUAGAAGGUAAUAAAGGUCUUUGUGGUAAUGUAACAGGAUUACAGCCUUGCGAAAGUCCAUUUUGUAAUUAUGGCCAAUAUUUUGGUGGAGUUGUCCAACUAGGUAACAAUGUUACUUGUAACGUUAUUGACAAAGGUACAAUUCGAAUCAAAAUGCAUGAUGGUGUGGUGAGAAUUCUCACUGAUGUUAGACAUGUUCCUAUCUUGAAGAAAAAUCUAUCUCUUUGGGAUUGCUCGCCACCAAUUGUUCAUCGAGACAUAUCAAGCAAUAAUAUUUUGCUUGAUUCUGAGUAUGAAGCUUGUGUUUCAGACUUCGGAAUAGCUAAGCUUCUCAAUCCAGAAUCAUCCAAUUUUCCCGAUCCUAACACAUUUUCUGUGAUGGAGAAGCACUCAAGACGUAAACUCAUCCUCGUCUCUGUACUUCCUGUUAUGGGAGCACUAGUACUUCUCUGUACUUUCAUUGGUGUUCUGCUAAUGUGUGAUGAAAGAAGAAGAGUUGGAGACAUUGAAAGACGGGAUUCCAGUGAUGUUGUUGAUGUUGAUGAAGAUAAUGGUUUGCUCUCGAUAUCCACGUUACAUGGAAGUGCACUGUACUGGGAUAUCUUAAAAGCCACAAAAGAGUUUGAUGCAGUGUUUUGCAUCGGGAAAGGAGGGUCCGGAAGCGUUUACAAGGCAAAGCUUCCAUCAUUUGAGAAUGUAGCUGUAAAGAGACUUCAUUCUUCAUUUGAGAAUACACAUCUCAAAAGCUUCAUGAAUGAGGUAAGGGCAUUGACAAGGAUUAAACAUCGGAACAUUGUGAAACUCUAUGGCUUUUGUUCUAAUGCAAAACACUCGUUCUUAGUUUACGAGUACGUGGAGAGAGGGAGUUUGUUUAGUAUCUUGAGCAAUCAAGUAGAGUCCAAGAAAUUGGAUUGGCUUAAGAGGGUGAAUAUCAUCAAAGGUGUUGCUUUUGCUUUAUCUUACAUGCAUCAGGAUUGCUCGCCACCAAUUGUUCAUCGAGACAUAUCAAGCAAUAAUAUUUUGCUUGAUUCUGAGUAUAAAGCUUGUGUUUCAGACUUCGGAAUAGCUAAGCUUCUCAAUCCAGAAUCAUCCAAUUGUACUGCACUUGCAGGCACAUAUGGCUACGUUGCACCAGAGCUUGCCUACACAAUGAAGGUUACAGAAAUGUGUGAUGUCUAUAGCUUUGGAGUAUUAGCAUUGGAGAUAAUCAAGGGAAAGCAUCUUGGGGAAUACAUUUCUCUGCUAGCAAAUUCAUCGACUAGAGAUCAUGUGCAACUUAGCGAUUUGCUUGAUGAACGUCUUCCAAAUCCUGAAGACGAAGUAAAAGAGGUUUUGGUUUUUAUCAUCAAGCUAGCGAGCUCUUGUUUGCUGGAAACUCCAAAAUCAAGGCCAACAAUGCACUUCAUCUACCAUAUGUUGUCAAUGGAUCCACCUGCUUAUCAUAUAACCUCCAUGAAGGCGAAAAGCUUCCUCGAGAUAUAA